UGAAAAUAUGUGAAAUGCAGCAUUUAUUUCGUUUUCUCCACAUUUAUGAUAGCUUUCAUGGAAGUGUUCGACAGAUGACUAACCUACUUUUUUUCAGACAACAUAGUUGGAAUUCUUACUUUGUAUUCCCCCAGAGAAUGAUUCCCCCCAAUAGUGUUUAUAUUUGUUUCUCAUCAACUACCGCGAGGACAGGGACCAUGUAGCUCUGGGACUUUCACGGAAGUGACGACUAUUAUACCGAUGGCGGCCCUCAUUACGGUUCCGGCUUGGAAGCUAUUUUGACGGCGUCCACUGUGACUUUCUGUGUGUUUUUUUAAAAUGGUCUCAAAUAAUCAGAUGUUCAAGGGUACAAUACCAAGUGCACUUGUCAAUGCUUAGUACAGGUUUCAAUUGAAGCAGCAACUUGGCUAGUUAUUGUCCGAAACAUUUACUCCAAACUCCACAAGACAGCCUUGCUACAGGUUAUCCGUGAACGCCAAGAAUGUCUUCUUGACAAAACCAACUCAUAGCUUUUUGCCCGUUUAGUCGGGGCUUUUAUUUUGUGUUAGGUGUAACGUUAGUUGUUGUAGAGCGAGGUCUUCAAGGUGAAAACAGGUCGACCCAAUAACUGGGUUAUAACUGUUAAUAUAAAGAGUCGACGUACAAGCAGCGGAUUCUGGAGGGAAGUGGCUAGCUUUUAGCUGGCUACUACUGUAGCUAGCUGAAGCUGGACUCUCAGCUUUAUCAAAGUCGUUUGGACCUGGACUACCAAGUUUGUGGACCAAUUUUGGAUUAUACACUUGGACGUUUGCCGCAUCGAUCUUGACGUAUCAACAUGCUGAAAACUCGUCAGUGUUUACUCGGGAUUAGGACUUUUCUUGGAGUGGCGUCCAGAAUAUGGGGUUUCAUUUUGUACAUUCUCAGGAAGCACUUAAGAACGAUAAUUCAGUAUCAAACAGUGCGCUAUGACAUAUUACCUCUCUCACCUGUGUCCAGGAAUAGACUGAAUGCUGUCAAACGUAAAAUCCUGGUGCUGGAUCUGGACGAGACGUUGAUCCACUCCCACCAUGAUGGGGUUUUGAGACCUACAGUCCGACCUGGCACACCACCAGACUUUAUCCUUAAGGUGGUAAUAGACAAACAUCCAGUAAGGUUUUUUGUCCAUAAACGACCACACGUGGACUUCUUUUUAGAAGUGGUAAGCCAAUGGUAUGAGUUGGUGGUGUUCACAGCCAGUAUGGAAAUCUACGGCUCAGCUGUGGCCGAUAAAUUGGAUAAUAAUAAGGACAUUUUGAGGCGCAGAUACUACAGACAGCACUGCACGUUGGAUCUAGGUAGCUAUAUUAAGGACCUGUCGGUGGUACAUAAUGACCUGUCCAGUAUAGUCAUACUGGAUAACUCUCCUGGAGCGUAUCGCAGCCACCCAGUUACUGUGGCUGAAACGCCUCCAUGGGGGAUCGUGUUCGAUUCGAUUGAAUAUAAUCUAAUGGAGGUACACCAGCACAAUGCAAUACCAAUCAAGUCGUGGUUCAGUGAUCCUAGCGACACUGCACUUUUAAAUUUGUUGCCGAUGUUGGAUGCACUAAGGUUUACGUCGGACGUCCGAUCCGUCCUCAGUCGAAACUUACACCAGCAUCGACUGUGGUGAUUCUGUCCACCGUGGCCUGCCUUCUUUCCGAGCCGGUUUUGUGAAAACGCCUCUUGCUGCCGUUCGUUAGCCCCAUAGGCCCUUCAUCCACUACUGAAGCCGUCAGCCCUUCGUCUCCAUACCACUUCUGCUGAGGAAGUGGCGUGCAAAGAGUUUGAGGAAUGGGGAAGGAUAACAAUUUUAGAGACUCUUAUGGACUCUUAUCACUGGGGCAGAGAGGCCUGCAUCUAUGAUGAUUUUUUUUUUUUUUUCUAUUGUCCAAAAUGGAAACUUUGCCUUACAGUCCUGGGAUUCUGAGUGUGCAUGUUGAGUAUUUGUGCGAGAGUGUUUGUGUUUCAGCAUUUUUUCUUUCUUUUUAAUACAGAAGAAACAACUGUGGCUAAAUGGUCUUUCCCCUGUCACUGUCAGGGCACUUAUUUCACCCCAGAUCUUUACUAGUCCAGGUUUUACACCAUACCCAGCUCUGGUCUCUUUCUGUCCUCAGCCUUGCUGACUACCAUGCUCAGGUAAAGUCAUGUCAUUGGUCCCCAUCACUGGAAUGUGAUGAGCCAUUAAGUAUUUUUAAAAUAUAGAUUUUUUUUGUUGUCCAUAGUGACGAGCUGUGGUUCAAAUCUCAAUGAAUGAGUUAUUAGCAAUAUCAACUAUUUAUCCUAUGAUAUUGAUUUUUAUUGAGAUCUCGCUUGGGCAGAAUCUAAGAAGAAUAAUUUGUAAGGGAAAAAAAUUAAAGACUAUUUUUACUGUUGUAAAAGAUUUCUGUUCUCUCCCCAGGAAUCGACCAAAAAAAUAAACAAAUAAAAUAAUA